GUAUGGUGGGGGAAGGAGGAUUACAGAGGCCAUGAACAAGUGAUGGCUACUCUGCUACUUAUUUACUAUGAUUAAAAGAGAGUUUACUGAGAGUAUUUCCUACUAUGAUUUAUUAAUCAUAGUAAAUAAGUGCUUUGGAGCAAAGAGAAAUUAAAUUAGGGGAGAAUGAGCAAGUUGUUUAGAAGUAAAAAUAGAAGGGUAAGUAAAAUAUUGUACCAUUAUAAAGAACAAAUUCAGAUGUUUAAACUUUUGUGCACUAAAUUAUUAUAUACGGCCAUCUUUUUCUUAAACACAAUUUCUUUUUUGGCUUAGUCCUUCUGUACCAUGAAGGGGUAUUAUUAACCAAUAAAAUUAUGUAGUAGUGUAGUGCCUAUGCUGAAAGAUGCAGCUGUUUCCUCCACUCUUCUAAGCCCUUUUGUCCAUUUUAUGUUCGGUUUGAAACCAAUCUAAAGUAUUACUCUAUUAAGGGUAUAUUUCACCAGUCCCUCUUUACUGUGCUCUAACUUAUCUCCAUGCCUACAAAGACUUAGUGCUGCCUUUUGCCUCAUGAAGUCUUUACAACAGAAAAAUGAUUCUGGAUGGAUUAACUGGCACUGAACUUGGAUCCCUAAAGGCAGAAGUCCCAUUUCACUGAAGAUACUGUAAUCCAGAGCUUCCCUGCCCAACCUUCACCCUUUCUAACACAGUCCAUGACACCCCCUAAAACUGGAAGAGUCUUGGUGACACAGUUUAGAAAUGCUUAGAGGGAAAUUCUAUCCUUACCUAUCUCAUUUAUUCUACAAAUAUUGAGCACCUACAAUGUGCCAGGCACUUAGUUGAGAACAAGACUGACAAGGUCUUUGCUCUCAUGGAGUUUGCAUUCUAGUGGGGCAGAGGGAUUCAGACCACAAACAAACAAGGUAAUUUCAGAUAUUAAAGAGUGGUAUGAAGCAAAUGAAAUUGGCUGUGAUGGGAUGUUAAAAUGAGAUAGCUGAUCUAAGAAGACCUACUUGAGAAGCUGAGACCCAUAUGAAAAGGUGCUAGUCAUAUAAAGAUCUAAUAAUUGGGUUACUUCCAUUCCAAACUAAUACUACAUCAGUGGUCACUACCACUCUUGGGAUCUAUACCUUAAAGUAACUGUGCAAAGGAAAAAGGCCCAUUUCCAGUCCAGCCUAUUAACCUACUUAAAGGAAUACCACCAUAUUGGAGAAUGUUAACUUUGGACCUUGGGGUGUUGCCUUUGAGCUUGGGUGCCAGACCAUACGUGCCCAGAUGUCUCCUUGGCCUUCCUGGCUGCUUUGUUCAUUCAGUGGGCAGGCAAACCGGAGAAACAGGCUGGCAUGCAUACACAUGCCAGGAAGCAGAGAAAGCACCAGGUCCUGCUCAGUUGUCAGAAGGUAGCCUGCUGUGAUAUGCUCUGGAUUUAAACCUAGGCACUAGGUGGGCCUUACCUAAGGAGAGCAAAAGGAUGUCAAAGAAAAAUUCUCAAAAGACUUGAAAAGUUGAUUAUUUUGUAGAGAAAUGGCCAAAGACAUCAUGACUGAAACACUGAUGCCUCGAUUUUGCUUCCAUUUCCAUGGUAGCAUACAACACAAGCCAGGCAACACUGCUUUUGUCCAUUUCAGAAACGUGAGGAAUUAAAGUUCCAACCCGAGAGUCUUGACUAUUUUAUAGACUGAUUCAUAUGUCUAAAAAUCAAAUGAGGCUCUAGAGGCAUAGUAACACACUUGCCAUGGUUUUCUCUGCCCUGAAACAUUGCUUAGCAUGUAUCAAUGAGUUGUUUGGCCGAUCAAUUUGAAAUUUGUCAAGCAAAACUUCACCUUUUCCCCUAUAAUUAAAGCAGUUUAGUAUGUAGGAAACUUGAAAAAGAAAAAUGACACAUUUUAAUUGAUGUAAAGAAACUCUUUUAUCCUAAAUUCUUCUUGCAUGGCAAGAUACUAUAACCAAUGACUCUCAAACCUGAGACAGCUAAAGAGCUUAGAACUUCAGCGAAGGAAAUAGAACCAAAAAGUAAUUUGGAGUUACAGAGGAUAUCUGAGGUAUCUUAAGGACAAAGGUAGGUAAAAGGAGAAAAGGAGGACAGAAUAAAAAAUGGAAAAACCAUUUAAACAAGCCUAUUUUGCAAUGUUCUAAAUCUAAGUAUCUCUUUAGGGGAGAAUGUGUGUAAAAACAAAUACCAGUGUCUGGCACAUUCUUAUCUUUCCCUUUUUCUCUUUACCCACAGUUUUAAGAGUGAUUUUAUAAGAAAGACUUUUUUAAAGAAAAGUAUAUUUUGUCAAGAGCCUUAAUUAACGUGAUAUAUUUGUUGAAAUACUUACCAAGGAGAUUACGGUCACAUUUGGUUAUUGAAAAUAGGUCUAUCUCCUCUUUCUUCACAUACAGGACACCGGAUACUUUUAACAGUAUAAACGAGGUAGUGGCAAUUAUUUACAUUUCCCAUGAGCCUCCUGAGGGCAUACAAGGUCACAAAAGUGAACCAAAGGUAGAGAUGGGAGUAGUAUUUAUAGUCCGCUGACUUCAGUUUUGUUGGGUUAAGGCCGCUCCUUAUCUUAUGCCUUUGGAAUUCUGGGGCUGGUAGAGCACAGGAACCCCGAGCGGGCAGGGCCUGCGAGAUCCUCUAUAAUGAGGAAGUGCUGCUUUACGGCGCAGCCCACCCCGAGACCGUUCACCUCCACCUCCCUAACUGUGCCUUAGCAGGCUGGCAAAGAGCCCAGAAAGAGAAGCUGGAAAGCAGCUGGCUGAAUAAUAAAUAUUUAUGAAAAUAUGCAUCAGUUUAAUACUGUCUUGGAAUUCAUGAGGUGGAAGCAUAGGUCAAAGCUGUUUGGAGAAAAUUGGAAGUACAGUUUUAUCUAGCCACAUCUCUGAGGAAUCAGGAGAAAGCAGUAAAGUUGGAGCCAUUGUCAAGUGAUUGCGGCCUCUUAUAAGAAAAUCUCAUUGACUAAAGGUCAUUUCAAUUAGUGAAAUAACAGGACCAGUUAUUAAAGGUGACUGCAGGAAACAUUAAAAAUUGAACCAUGACUCCGCUGUAUAUUUAUAUCAGAUUAUUGGGAGCCUAUCUGUUCAUCAUUUUUCAUGUUCAAGGGCAGAAUCUAGACAAUAUGCUCCAUGGUACAGGAAUGAAAUCAGACUCCAACCAGAAAAAGUCAGAAAAUGGAGUAACCUUAGCACCAGAGGAUACCUUGCCUUUUCUAAAGUGCUACUGCUCAGGACAUUGCCCAGAUGAUGCUAUUAAUAACACAUGCAUAACUAAUGGACAUUGUUUUGCCAUCAUAGAAGAAGAUGACCAGGGAGAAACCACGUUAGCUUCUGGGUGUAUGAAAUAUGAAGGAUCUGAUUUUCAGUGCAAGGAUUCACCAAAAGCCCAGCUACGACGGACAAUAGAAUGUUGUCGGACCAAUUUAUGUAACCAGUAUUUACAACCUACACUGCCCCCUGUUGUUAUAGGUCCAUUUUUCGAUGGCAGCAUUCGGUGGCUGGUUGUGCUCAUUUCUAUGGCUGUCUGCAUCAUGGCUAUGAUCAUCUUCUUCAGCUGCUUUUGUUACAAGCAUUAUUGCAAGAGCAUCUCAAACAGACGCCGUUAUAAUCGUGAUUUGGAACAGGAUGAAGCAUUUAUUCCAGUUGGAGAAUCAUUAAAAGACCUUAUUGACCAGUCACAGAGUUCUGGUAGUGGAUCAGGGCUACCUUUAUUGGUUCAGCGAACGAUUGCCAAACAGAUUCAGAUGGUUCGGCAAGUUGGAAAAGGCCGAUAUGGAGAAGUGUGGAUGGGUAAAUGGCGUGGUGAAAAAGUGGCAGUCAAAGUGUUUUUUACCACUGAAGAAGCUAGCUGGUUUCGAGAAACUGAAAUCUACCAAACUGUGCUUAUGCGCCAUGAGAAUAUCCUUGGUUUUAUAGCAGCAGACAUUAAAGGCACAGGUUCCUGGACUCAGCUCUAUUUGAUUACUGAUUACCAUGAAAAUGGAUCUCUCUAUGACUUCCUGAAAUGUGCUACACUAGACACCAGAGCUCUGCUCAAGUUGGCUUAUUCAGCUGCAUGUGGCCUAUGCCAUCUCCACACAGAAAUUUAUGGCACCCAAGGAAAGCCUGCAAUUGCUCAUCGAGACCUAAAAAGCAAAAACAUUCUUAUCAAGAAAAAUGGAAGUUGUUGUAUUGCUGACCUGGGCCUUGCUGUUAAAUUCAACAGUGAUACAAACGAAGUUGAUGUGCCCUUGAAUACCAGGGUGGGUACCAAACGCUAUAUGGCUCCAGAAGUGUUAGAUGAAAGCCUGAAUAAAAACCAUUUCCAGCCGUACAUAAUGGCUGACAUCUAUAGCUUUGGCCUGAUCAUUUGGGAAAUGGCUCGUCGUUGUAUCACAGGAGGGAUUGUAGAGGAGUACCAAUUGCCAUACUACAACAUGGUACCCAGUGAUCCUUCAUAUGAAGAUAUGCGUGAAGUUGUGUGUGUCAAACGUUUGCGGCCAAUUGUGUCUAAUCGAUGGAACAGUGAUGAAUGUCUACGAGCAGUUUUGAAGCUAAUGUCAGAAUGCUGGGCCCACAAUCCAGCCUCUAGGCUUACAGCACUGAGAAUCAAGAAGACACUUGCCAAGAUGGUGGAAUCCCAAGAUGUAAAGAUUUGACAGUCACACAGUCAUGAGGAGAAAUUCUAGACUGCAACUGUUUCACCCAAGGAAUGGGGAGAAUAAGGAUGUUAACUUGGUUCUCAGACUCUUUCCUCACCACACCUUCACGGGCUGCUAAUAUUAAACCUUUCAGUACUCUGUAGAAUACGAGCUGGGAACUUCUAAACACUUCAGUCUUUAUAUGUGGACAGCUUUAUUUUAAAUGUGGUUUUUGAUGCCUUUCUUUUUGUUUUUUUUAUGAACUGCAUCAAGACUUUAAUUCUGGGAAAGUCUCCAGUCAAAGUCUGGGUACUGAAUUGCCUGUUCGUGAAACGGUGCUUUCUGUGAAAGCCUUAAGAAGAUAAAUGAAUUUAGCAGAGAUGGAGAAAUAAUAACUUUUGCCUCUACCUGAGAAAAUGUAAUCUGUUUGUAUUCUGCCUUUGUAAAACAGCCUAUAGAUUAUGAUUUGUCUGGGAUACCACUUAGUUUAUCGUAGUUUGUCAUGCUUUUAUAAUGGGGUGUGUAUGCGUGGCCAUGCACGUGCACACUAGGAUUAUGAAUGCACAGAAGAGAUUGGUGGCUGGUGGUUUUGUGCUUUAAAAAUGCAAUAUCUGACCAAGAUUGGCCAAUAACAUAAAAGCCAUUUACCUUACAAAUGAGAUCAGUUUCCCCGCCAACUUCAUUUUUUAACAUAAAAGGUGAUACAAAGGUCAAAAGAAGCUUAAAAUGUCUAUAAAUUUGGACUUUGUUUUCCUCACCACCAUCUUUUUUUUUUUUUUUUGGGUAAUUAUUUUUAUGUCAUGAAAAGCAUCCUAUCCAAAAUUGGAACUUCCAAUGCCAUGAACCUUCUGAAGAAAACACUUCUUAUUGAAGUGAAUUACUGCAUUUGAUAGCAAUGUAAGUGCCUAUAACCAUAUUUUGUAUUCUUUAUUCUCAGUAACUUUGAAAGGGAAGUUAUUUAUAUUUUCUGUGUAAUGUGCUUUAUUUGCAAAACUGCUCCAUGACAACCAUAUUCAUACUGUAGAAACCAGCUUAUGUGGACCUCACAUCCCAUCCUUAAGGGAAAAAAAAGAUCAUCAGAAAAAGAUUUUAUAAAGUAGAGUGAUAUGUGAAUUAUCAGAAUGAAUGCAUUCAGUGUAGUAGAUCAAAUCCAAGACUUUGUUUUGUUAAGAUGUACUUGAGGCAGAAAUCUUUCAUUGAGAAUAUUUCAAUUUUCCUUCAUGAAAGGAACCACUAAUUAGAAAUUUAUAUGUUGGAGCGUAUAUAAAUUUAUCAAAAACUGUUAAAUAAGUUUUAGACAUCUAAAUUAUUUAAAAUUUUUGGUUUUAUGAUUUGUGUUCCAUAACUUGUGAAGAAAACGAAGAGUCAGAAAAAAAAAAAAUCAGUAUCUAUUCCGUAUCUAUAUGUAUACUUUAUAGAAGUUAUUCAAUAAAAUUCUACGUAUUUUAUAGAUACCUUGUUAUCCCAAGGAAUAUUUCUUAUUUACUUAAAGUUAUUAUACUUAUGUCCUGUUCUGAAAAAACAACUCAUGGAUGCAUCAAGUCAUGCAAUUUCCUUUGAAUGAAAAAUAAAAUAAAUGUGAUUAUAUCACAGCAUAUUCAAAAAGCUUUAAAUUAAAGGGAGGAAAGUCAGCGUUUGUCCAUCCAUUACAAAUAAAUUGGCUGGCAUUAAGGAUGAGCUCAUUUAUUUGUCUACAUGUCAAAUUUCAUAAAUUUGAAACUUGCUUAGAAAGAUUGAACAGUUUUGACUGUGUUUGAUUAAGUUUCAUUUAAUUGAAAUUUGAAGUGCUCAUCGUGAUAAGUAAAUUUGCAGGUUGAUAAUACACAGUAACUUGUACUUUUAUAAUGUUUUUUCCCGUCUCUAUCCUGAGAAAUACAGAUAUUAUAAAUUGCCUUGUGAUUUGAGAGCAUUUAAGAGCUCUGAUUUAGUCUUAAGUUAACCUUGAUUUAUUUUUUACUUGCGAAACUAUAAUCUUAAAAAUCAUUUGUCAAUAAACAAAAAAAUAAGGAAAGCAAACUUUCCUCUUGGAAAUGUUAAAAUGGUAGACGGAGGCAGAAGCUUACAGACAGUAUGCAAGUGCGAGACCACUAUAAAGAUUUUUUAAAAUUUACUUGAUUGAAUAAAAAUGAUUAAUCUUAGAAACUUGUUCAGUAAAAACAAUUUCUAGCAUAAUACAGUCUUUAAAAAACAAAUCCUGCCAUAUAUGGGAUUCUAAAGUCUAAAAAGGUUGUAUGAGUCUUGUUUUUUUCUUUUCUCCUUCUUUUAACACGUUAAGUUCCUCCAGUAGGUGAAGUAUUUAAAGCUUAUGGCAGGCCGGUAAGUGUAGCAUCACAGUUGGUACUUUGUAAAUGUCUGGAAGCCAUUUGUCCCUCUUACAGUUUAACGUUUCAAAAAUAGGUGGCUCUGUCAGUCAUCCCUUCAAAUAAUUAAAACAUAAAAACAAAGAAAACACCAAAACUACCUGAAUAUAAACAAAAAUAAACCCUCAAAAUUCUCUUUUUAGAUUUUCCAUAGACUAAAUAUCUCUAGAAUUAAAGGCACACUAGCACUGUCUUCUCCAGUUUGUUUAAGCUUUUGUUGUGCUUUCUUAUCAACCAAGUUUCUGAAGUAUAAAUUUUGACUCUGAUUUCUCUGGAAAUAUUUUCGCAAAAGAUAUUUUAAUAAGUAUUUUAUAUUGCCUUUCCAAUGUCUAGACGUUUUUCUAAACCUUGAAAAUGACCUGUUUUUUUUUUAAUUAUGUUUUCUUAGAAUGUGCCAGAUUUUUAAUUUAUUCAUUCAACAAAAAUUCAAUUCCCUUUUGGAACAAAAAUGUAAUUCAAUUUUUAAAGACUUACGCAUUUAUGAAUUGGCCAAAGAUCAAAUUUGAAGUUGAAUUUAUUCCAAGGAGGAUUUUAUAAAUUAAAUUACUUAUAUUUCUUUUCAUAUAUGGUGUUUUGAAAUGUUUCUAAAUAAAAUAAUCUCAACCACAGAAAUACCAGUUGAUUUUUUAAAAGACUGUUAUAGCGCUUGUACUGUUUAAAAGUGGUGGUAUUAUUUACUUGGGUCAGAUAUUAAAAUAACAGUGUAGUGGUUCAUCUUCUUGCCUCAUGUUAUGAGAGUCACAGUGGAAACUCUACAGAGACAUCAAGUUUUCAUAAAACCAAAUUAAGUCUAGGUCAACAUAAUGUGAAGUCUCAUGUAAUGAUCAUCCCAUAAGGAAAAUAUGGUGAAUACUACUUUCGCAAAAGAUUAAAUAUAUUGUCAUUUUAGCUUGUACUCUGUACUAUGCUUUAAAUAGAAUUAUUUAAGCCCUUUUAGUGACUUUUGUCCUUG